UAAUUUUACAAUUACAUUCCAAAAUUAUAAAUGCCACACGUGUGGGCUCUUAAUGAGAUAAGGUGCCACACUCUUCCUCUUCCAUUUACAAACACAUCGUCUCUAAGUCUCUCUCACAUCAUCUUCUUCCUCGAUUCGCUUCAAUGCCGGGGAAUUUAGAGCCGUUGGAUAUCGGAGUCCAGAUUCCGUACCAUUUCCGAUGUCCGAUCUCCCUCGAGCUGAUGCGUGACCCUGUGACCGUCUCCACAGGCCAAACCUACGAUCGCUCGAGCAUCGAGUCGUGGGUCGCCAUGGGAAACACCACUUGCCCUGUCACUCGAGCUCCACUUACUGAUUUCACCCUCAUCCCUAACCACACCCUUCGUCGUCUCAUCCAGGACUGGUGCGUUGCUAACCGCUCCAAUGGCGUCGAACGCAUCCCCACUCCCAAACAACCCGCAGAUCCUUCCUCCGUUCGAUCCCUCCUCAGCCAAGCCUCUGCCGUCUCCGGUACCCACGUCUCCGUCCGCUCACGCGCCGCCGCUCUCCGCCGUCUCCGGGGACUCGCUCGCGAUUCGGAGAAGAAUCGUGCAUUGAUCGCCGCACACAACGCGCGUGAGAUUCUGGUGGGUAUUCUGUUUUCUGGUUGUGGUGGUGGUGUCGACUCGGGUUGUGACUCGUCCGAGUUGGUCUCGGAGUCGCUGGGUCUUCUGGUGAUGUUCCAGAUGACGGAGGCCGAGUGCGCGUCCAUCGCGGCGGAUCCGAAUCGGGUCGGGUUAAUGACCCAGUUGCUGUUCGAUUCGUCGAUCGAGGUCCGCGUGAACGCCGCCGCGAUGAUCGAGAUGGUGUUGACCGGAUCGAAAUCAAUGGAUCUGAAGCGUUUGAUUUCUGGGUCGGGUACGAUUUUCGAAGGCGUCCUCGAUCUUCUCCAGAAUCCAAUCUCUUCAUUCCCACGAGCCCUCAAAGUCGGGAUCAAGGCACUCUUCGCUCUCUGCCUCGUGAAGCACACGCGCCACCUCGCCAUCUCCGCCGGAGCUCCGGCGGUCCUAGUCGACCGUCUCGCGGCAGGCCUAGUUGACCGCAUCGCGGCGGACUUCGACCGGUGCGCCACGGAGCGGGCCCUCGCGACGGUGGAGCUACUCUGUCGGAUUCCGGUGGGGUGCUCAGCGUUUGCGGAGCACGCGCUCACCGUGCCGGUCCUGGUGAAGACGAUACUUAGGGUUUCGGAUCGAGCGACGGAGUACGCGGCGGGGGCUCUAUUGGGGCUGUGCUCGGCGGCGGAGCAUUGCCGGAGGGAAGCGGCGGCUGCCGGAGUGGUGACGCAGCUUCUGCUCUUGGUGCAGAGCGAUUGUACAGAGAGAGCGAAGAGGAAAGCACAGAUGCUCCUGAAGCUUCUCAGAGAUUCGUGGCCCGACGACUCACUCGGUAUCUCGGACGAGUUCGGUUUGAGCGAAAUCGCCCCGUUUUGAUUUUUUUACCCUUUUUUUUUCUACCAUUGAUUUUUUAUUAGAAAAAAAAUUCAAGUACGUAAUUAUAUAUAUAUAUAAAUUUGUUUUUUGAUUAGAAGGAAAAAAUAGAAAAGAAGAAGAAAUUUUAUAGGAGUUAAAACUUUGUUGUGAUCGUUAGGUGGAAGGAAAGUAACUCGAAAAAAAAAAUAUUGGGAUUUUGAUA